AGGAUCCAUGCCUUUAUGCAAAGCCCUGCACACAGGGCAGCGUCAGGGGUGCACAGGGCGGCAUGUGUCCAAAGACCUUGUUUUAGUUUUGCAUUGGCUUCCUGGCGCUUAACCCUUGCUGCGUCUCAAAGCCGCCGGCUCCUGAGCCCGGUUCUCACGUCCUGCUUCCUCCACACAGAGGGGAUCUGCUGGCUGCAGCAGGGGAGGGAAGCCAAAUGCACCAUGAUCCUCCGGACGGGCGUGACCUGGGAGGAGUGCUGCAGCAAUGGCAACGUGGACGUGGCCUGGUCCAACUACACCUACCCGGGCAACAAGAUCAGCCUCCUGGGCUUCCUGGGACUUGUGACCUGCCAUCCGUGCAAAGAGUCCUGCGAGGGGGUGGUGUGUGGUCCCGACAAGGUCUGCAAGAUGAAGCACGGCCGCCCCCAGUGCACCUGCGCCCCCGACUGCUCCCGCCUGCCCAGGAAGCUGCAGGUGUGCGGCUCCGACGGCUACACCUACCGGGACGAGUGCGAGCUGCUGACGGCCAAGUGCAGAGACCACCCUGACCUGGAAGUGAUGUACCAGGGAAAAUGCAAAAAGUCCUGCUCCAGCGUGGUGUGUCCCGGGACCCACACCUGCGUGGUGGACCAGACGGGCAGCGCCCACUGCGUGAUGUGCCGGGCGGCCCCCUGCCCCGAGCCCACCAGCCUGGACCGCGCGCUGUGCGGCAACAACAACGUCACCUACCCGUCCGCCUGCCACCUGCGGCGGGCGACCUGCUUCCUGGGCAGAUCCAUCGGCGUCCGCCACUACGGAAGCUGCUUGGCUGUGCCUAAAUACUCCCCGGAUGAGGACGAUGCUGAAGAAAACUACGUGUGAAACCUUCCUUGUGCGCCGAGAGGCUGAACCCGGGAGCUAGGGGCAUUAUGUGUAUAUUGUACGAACCAUAUACCCGAUAUUUAUUAAGAUAAAAGAUCCUUAUUUA